GAGGGAUUAGACCCCUUAGCUCGUCAAAUUUAUUUUCCCCGCAGCCUUUUUCUUUUCUCCAAUCUCUCUCGCUCUCUCUCUUUCUCUCCUUUUCGAUCGCCGCCGUCGCUCAUCGGUCGUGGCCGUCGCAACGUCGUCCCAGGCCAUCGCCUCCCUCGCUGUCCGUGGCAAGCCACGUACCGCCGUUUUCUGCUGGCCCUGUUCGCGUGGUCAGUGCCGUCGUCGACCCCUUCCCGAUCGUGUUCAAGAGCCCGGUACCACCGCUACCCAUCGCUGUCGCCAGCGACCCCGUAGACGACCACCCGCAUCAAGCAUCGCGGGCGUUGCCCACCCCAGGCCAGCACU